AUGCCGUAUGACUUUGUAGAAGUUGAAGAGCCUAGUGAUGGCACUGUUUUAGGGCGCUGGUGUGGUUCCAGUAGUGUGCCGAGCAGACAAAUCUCCAAAGGAAACCAGAUCAGAAUAAGAUUUGUGUCUGAUGAAUAUUUUCCUUCUGAACCUGGAUUCUGCAUCCAUUAUACACUUCUUAUGCCACACCACACAGAAGCACCUAGCCCAUCAUUGCUACCCGCAUCGGCUUUACCAUUAGAUGUAUUAAACAAUGCCGUUGCUGGAUUUAGUACUGUGGAAGAACUUAUCCGGUACCUUGAACCAGAUCGGUGGCAGCUGGAUUUGGAAGAUUUGUACAGGCCAACGUGGCAACUUCUUGGAAAGGCAUAUAUCCAUGGGAGGAAAUCAAGAGUGGUCGAUCUCAACCUCCUAAAGGAGGAGGUGCGGCUGUAUAGUUGUACUCCACGCAACUUCUCAGUGUCACUGAGGGAGGAGCUGAAGCGAACUGACACCAUCUUCUGGCCGUUGUGUCUUCUGGUUAAACGUUGUGGCGGAAACUGUGCCUGUUGUCAUCAGAGUUGCAAUGAGUGCCAAUGUGUACCAACAAAAGUCACCAAAAAAUACCACGAGGUUCUUCAGCUGAAGCCGAGGAUUGGCGUUCGGGGAUUGCAUAAAUCAUUGACAGAUGUGCCCUUGGAACACCACGAGGAGUGUGACUGUGUGUGCAAAGGCAAUACUGAAGGAUAAAUAUGAUUUAAUUGUGCUGUUUUCUUUCAAAGCACAUUCAAUCAAUGGCUGAUUCUAUUAUGGGGCUUGUGCAUUAUCUCCUUCUGUAAUCUCAGUUGUUUGCUUUGGGGAUCUUCCAUCUUCAAGAUUUACAGUGAGCUCUAAAAAGAGGAGAAGCAAACUGGGAUUAUAUGUUCUGUGACAGCUCUGUUUGGAGGCCCAGUGAAAGGAUGGGAGAAAGGCAUCAAUAAGGGAUUUAAAAUAUAUGUAUUGUUUUUGUCCCCCACAAUUUUCUUGACAAUACAUGGAUUUAUAAUUUAGGAGUAAAAAUAAAGUUAGAAGGCUCACAUCAUGGAGACGUGAUCCUGCUUGCUGUCUCAUUUCUACAGCUCCAGUACAUCUGGCCUCUGGUUGAAAACACCUGAAAUCUAUCUUUCUGCGUUCAACUACUCGUAUGUACUCUAAAUCGAAGUGUUCUCUGUUGUAUAAACUUGGGUUAAAACAGACUGUCUUGUUCCAAAUUAAACUUAAUUUGUCUA